UCUUUUUGUUUUUCCUUCCGCAAUUUCCCUCCCUUUCUCGCUCUCAGACGUCUGGAGGCGCGAAUCUCUUUCAAGUCUCUUCCUCUCUCAUUCUCACACUUACCUAACGCCUAGUGAUUUUCGAAGCAUAAAUACUUCUUCUGUUAUCUAUCGUGGCUCUCUCAAUCUCACCAGAGAACGGUCAUGGAAAGAUAUUUUAAAAGGAAAUCAACGGUCAUGGAGUCAUCAUCGCCUCCAAACGAAGUUGUUAAUAGUUCAAAACAAGCUUGCUUGGAAAUCAACUUGGAAGAUCUCCCUCUUGAUCCUGGACUACGCACUCGAAUUUGGGAUUACCAUCCUAAUGUUCGAGAUCAAGUUCGAAGGGCUUAUCUGCAAAAAGGUCCUUUUCAGCCCCGAAACCAUUCCUUCCCCCAGAGGAAUCUUAGUGGAGGGCCAAGAAGGUUCAUUCCUGCUUGGUUUGAUGAAUUUCCUACUUGGUUGAAAUAUAGUGUAGCAAAAGAUGCUGCUUAUUGUUUCUGUUGCUAUCUUUUUAAACCAAAUACUGGAGAACAAGCAGGCAGUGACUCUUUUGUUGGCAAAGGGUUUUCAAAUUGGAAGAAGAAGAGUGAAAGGUUACAAGGUCAUGUUGGAGGACCGAUGAGUGCCCACAACCAAGCUUGGAGCAACUGUAAAGCUUUUUCAAAGCAAAUCGAAGCUCAAACUGAAUAUAAAACUCUUUUGGGUGCAUCAGUUAAUUGCAUGAGAUUUCUUUUGCGACAAGGGCUUCUGUUCUAUGGAGAUGAUGAAUAUGAAGAUUCAAACAACCAAGGAAUGUUUGCUGACCUUUUGAGAUUACGAUGUAAUUAUGAUGAGGAUAUAAAAGCUGUCACAUUGAACAAUGCUCCCUUAACCCUGAAGUUGACAUCAUCUGAUACUCAGAAGGACAUUGAAAUUGCUAUUUCGACGGAAAUCAUCAAUGCAAUCGUUAGAGAUAUUGGUGAUUCAUUAUUUUCCAUUCUUAUUGAUGAGUUUCAUGACAUGUCUUCACAGGAUCAGAUGGCUAUUGUAUUACGUUUUGUAGAUAAAGGUCAUGUAAUUGAGCGUUAUUUAGGUAUUGUGCAAGCUACCGACGACACCGCUGUUUCGCUUAAGGGGGCGAUUGAUGAUUUCUUUUCUACUCAUGGAUUAAGCAUGGCUAAGUUACGGGGGCAAGGUUAUGGUGGGACAAGUAAUAUGCAAGGUGAGUUGAAUAAUCUUAAGAUGCUUAUAGUGAAGGCGAAUGAGUGUGCAUUUUACGUCCAUUGCUUUGCUCAUGAUCUUCAUUCAACUCUUAUAGCCAUGUCAAAGAAUCAUUUAGAAAUUGUGGGUCUUUUUUCUUGGGUUGCUAAGGUGGUGAAUGUUGUUGGAGAAUUUGUUGAAUGUCGUGACACUCUUCGGGAGAAACAUGGUGUUUUAGUUUUUGAAGCACUCAAUACCAGCGAGAUUUUAAGUGAACAAGGUCUAAAUGAGGUUAGCUCCAAAUUUAAGACUUUGAUAAGCUUGUUUACCAUGUUCUCAUCCGUGAUAGAUGUACUUGAGGUCAUAGCAGAGUUUGGAUUAGAUUCUGAACAGAAAUCUAAAGCACGGGUUCUAUUGGGUCCCCUCCAGUCAUUUGGUUUUAUUUUUAGUCUUCAUAUGAUGAUAAACAUUUUGCGAAUCACAGAUGGUUUGUCACAAGCAUUACAAAAAAAUGAUCAGGAUAUUGUGAAUGCCAUGAACCUAGUGAGAGUAUGUAAAGAACAAUUGCAAGUGAUGAAGGAGAGUGGUUGGGAUUCAUUACUCAAUGAGGUUUCUUCAUUUUGUCAAAAGCAUGAAAUUGAAGUGCAUAACAUGGAUGAUAGGUUUCUUACUCGAGGGAAAAAAAGAGAUCAGGUGAUCACAAACAUGCAUUAUUAUCGUGUUGAGUUGUUUUGUACUGUUAUAGAUAUGCAAAUUCAAGAGCUAAAUGUUCGUUUCACUGAAAUGAAUACAGGGUUGCUUCUUUGUGUGGCAUGUUUGAAUCCGAGUGAUUCAUUCUCUGCUUUUGACAAACAAAAGUUGAUUUGUCUUGCUCAGUAUUAUCCAAAUGACUUUUCUACACUUGACUUAAUGAUACUUGAAGAUCAGCUUGAGAAGUACAUUAUGGACAUGCGUUCUAGCAUUGAGUUUUCAGGAUUGAACGGGAUCGCUGAUCUUUCACAAAAAAUGGUUGAGACCAAAAAAGACUCUGUUUUCCCAUUAGUUUACUUGCUGUUGACAUUGGCACUUAUCUUACCAGUUGCAACUCCCAGGGUAGAUAGGGUGUUUUCUGCUAUGAAUAUUGUGAAGAAUCGAUUACGCAACCGAAUGGAAGAUGAAAGGAUGAAGGAUAGAUUGAUUCCAUAUAUUGAGACAGACAUUCUUGAUAGUAUCGACGAUGAGGUUAUUAUGCAACGAUUUCAAAAUAUGAAAAAUCGUCCAUGUCAGUUAUAAUUGUAAUGAGUGGAUCUUUUAUCAAUGAAUACCGAUGUUUUUGGUUUUUGGUUUUUUUGAGUUUUCAACUGUUUUUUUUUUCCUUUCUUGUUUUAAAAUAUUGUUAGUAUACUUUGCAUCCCUAGAAAGUGAGUAGGUUCAACCAUGACUUCUUGUUCAAGAAAUAACGAACAUGGUGACUGCCGAACAAGUUACAGGUUUGUGUCAAGAAGUAACAUAAUCGCAUGGUUUGCCACUCUCUCGAAUUUAGCAAGAGGCAAGUACUGCUAUAUGAGAAAAAAAAAACCAGAAGCAUUUUAUCUAUAUCCUCUGGUAUCAGAAUUUAGUGGGAGUAUGCAAGAUGAAUUUCAUUUUGAUCGUACUCUGAUUUCUGGUGUCUUGUUGUCCUUUCUCUACAGACUUUUAUUAGCAUAACACGAACCUGAAAAUGGGAGACCCAGCUGAUACUAUAGCAGUCUUAAUCUGUUGUGUAGCUGUGGUCUUCUAGGUAGUGUACUAGCUCAUACUAGAUAUUAUAUCUCAGGAUGCCAAGUGGUGCCACUCUGUUUUUUACAUCUUGAAGACCAGACAAUAUGCAGGGGAUGAAAUCAAUGAUGUUUCGGCUGCAAUUCAAGAUUGACAACGCCUGUAUUGGUGGCAAGGCACAGAAACAGAGUGAAGUGACUCGGAAUGAACAAUUUCAUGCAUCAUGCAAAGGAAGCCAUUGAUUGGAGUGAGUUUUUCAAAGCUCAAUAAGUAGGCUUUUGGGAUGAAGAGCUGGGCUUCAAAGGGUGCUACAUC